ACCAGACUGCUCAUUUCAGCAUCUUUCAAUGCAAUUAUGCAGUCAGAGGCUCCGAUGUUUGAUCAUCUGUAAACGAUGGAUACAUAAAAAGGUCGAUGACAGCGUCCCGUUUGCUCGGCGCCCUUCGUCUGGGUGGAGGAUCAGGAUCACUGCAGCACAGAGAAACGCCAAGCCGCACCGACAUACGCAGAGGAACCGCCACUCGGAAGGACCUGCAAAUGAUCCCGCUGUGUGUUUUGAGGGUCAGAGGUAAUCCUGGAUCCUCAUCUGACGUUUGAGAAGGUCAAAGACGUAGCGCGCACUCUUCCCCUACCUGUCCUUCACCCACUCUUCGCAUCAUGACCGUCGCUACAAGUGAACACAUAGAUGAAGCUGCGGCUCAUCCGGGUCAACCUCAGGACAUGUACGACCCGGAACCAGACCAUGAGUGCUGCGAGCGUGUGGUCAUUAACAUCUCAGGUCUACGAUUUGAGACGCAGCUUAAGACGCUCUCUCAGUUCCCUGAUACUUUACUCGGGGACCCUAAAAAGAGGAUGCGCUACUUCGAUCCGCUAAGGAACGAGUACUUUUUUGACCGGAAUCGACCCAGCUUCGAUGCCAUCCUGUACUAUUAUCAGUCCGGUGGACGGCUACGGCGGCCAGUUAACGUCACUUUGGAUAUUUUCUCCGAGGAGAUUCGCUUCUACGAACUCGGCGAGGAAGCCAUCGAGAUUUUCAGGGAGGAUGAAGGAUUUAUUAAAGAGGAAGAGAAACUACUGCCCGAGAACGAGUUUCAAAGGCAGGUGUGGUUGUUGUUUGAGUAUCCGGAAAGUUCCGGUCCAGCCCGAAUUAUUGCCAUCAUUUCCGUCAUGGUCAUCUUGAUUUCAAUCGUCAGUUUCUGCCUAGAGACGCUACCUAUUUUUCGCAACGAGGAGGAGCUGCGCAAAACCUACAACAGCGACUCCAACUCUACAGUGAUCAGUACAUCCAACUACUUCACCGACCCCUUUUUCAUCCUGGAGACUCUCUGCAUCAUCUGGUUCUCCUUCGAGUUCCUUGUCCGCUUCUUUGCUUGUCCGAGUAAGGCAGGCUUCUUCGUGAACAUCAUGAACAUCAUUGACAUUGUCGCUAUCAUUCCGUAUUUCAUAACGCUGGGGACUGAGUUGGCUGAAAGUCCAGAAGAUGGUCAACAGGGUCAACAGGCGAUGAGUUUAGCAAUUCUCAGAGUGAUCCGAUUGGUGCGAGUCUUCAGGAUCUUCAAGCUCUCACGCCACUCAAAAGGUCUUCAGAUUCUGGGUCAGACUCUCAAGGCGAGCAUGCGAGAACUGGGGCUUCUUAUCUUCUUCCUCUUCAUCGGAGUCAUCCUCUUCUCCAGUGCCGUGUACUUUGCAGAAGCAGACGAACCAGAUUCACAGUUUAUCAGCAUUCCGGAUGCUUUUUGGUGGGCAGUAGUAUCCAUGACCACUGUAGGAUAUGGAGAUAUGGUUCCGACCACCAUUGGGGGUAAAAUCGUCGGAUCGUUGUGUGCUAUCGCUGGUGUCUUGACCAUCGCUCUUCCAGUCCCUGUCAUCGUGUCCAACUUUAACUACUUCUACCACAGAGAGACAGAGGGAGAGGAGCAGGCACAAUACCUCAACGUGACCAGCGUCCCUAAGAUCGACUCGACGGAGGAUCUGAAAAAGAGCCGAAGCGUUUCCAGCAUGAGUAAAUCUGACUACAUGGAGAUCCAGGAGGCCGUGAACAACAGCAAUGAGGAUUUCCGUGGAGAGAACCUCAAAACCGGCAACUGCACGCAUGCUAACACCAACUAUGUCAACAUCACCAAGAUGCUCACCGAUGUAUAGCUGGAUAUUUCUUGCAAGUAGAGGACAGAUUGAAAAGCUUUUUGGGAAGGGAUAUGCCAUGUUUAUCUCUGUUUCCAUGGCUUUAGAAUGCUGAAGAUUAGAGAAGCGGCAAUUGACGAGGCAAAUGAUCAACAGAUCUUUUGGAGAAUGUGAAAAAAAAUUCCACUUGUAGUGGAUUUGAGAUAAAUCUGUGUGUGCUAACCAUGUCAUCACCAUAACCUUAACUAUUCACCAACUGCAGCAGGAAUACCUAUCACUUAUUUAUAAUCGGGAGACCGUUCCCUCAUCUCUGCUUGUAGCCAAAUUCGUAGCCAAACCACUAGAAAUGCUAGCAAAGGUACCGUAAGGGACCAUCGCUAAACCGUCAACUCAAAGAGGACUUUCCUCUUCGCUAUAAACAAAGAGCUAUAAUAAAGAAAAAAAAAAGAAUGUGGAUAACACAGUAGAAGUAUACUGCCAGCCACUGCAGCAUUCCACAUGUAAUGUAAUGUAACAUUCCUCUCAGCGAGCUAUGAAGGUGUACAGUCGAUCACAAGAAUCAAGAUCCACUACCUAGAGCUGGUACUAUUUCAUCAGUUAUUAAACACUAACAUGUUGAUUUCUCAAGUGUCAUGCUGAAAGCAUAUAUAACCGUAAUGGCUGCGAGAAUAUAUGGUGUUACUCAUUAAGAGAUGACAAGAAGUAACACUAUUUAUAUCGAUUAGCUGAGGAAAUGUGGAUUAGCGUUUGGUAACACUUGAAGAAAUAAAAUCACGUAGUGCGAUCAGAUUUUUCUACUUGACUGUACGUGUGUGGUCAUGGAGUAAAUGUGUCUCAUUGCAAUAUUUAUUCACGCCAUUUUCUUGUAUUAUUUAUUCACUAGACUUGUGCACUUCCUGCAUUGGAUUUCAACAAUGUGACAUGUAAUGGAAUUUCUUUUUUUUUUUUCCACUUUUUUUUUUCUUUCUCUCUAGCAGGGAUUGUAGCUAGGACGUGUAACAUGGAAUGCCGUUCUAUGGGGUAGUGGAUGUUCAGUUUUCGCGGUUUGGGCAGUGACAUGGUCCAAGACAUCCAAAGGAUAUUUGACAUUGCUGUUAUAUAGACGCUUAUCCACCGAAGAACAUGGAGGAGGGUGAGGUUGUGUUGUUCUUUACUGUUUUGCAUUGUUGGAUGGAUAUGAGGUUGACACUAACGUCAGGGGCUGUAUUCACAAAGAAUCUUCAAAGUUAAAAGUCGCUUCUAACUGGCUGAUUUAGGGGAAACUCUAGGGGAGACUCAAAUUUUUAGUGGUGUUUUCAAACUAUAAAGCCAUGGACACACUAUGGUAUAGACUGCUACAUGGACUCUGAAAACCAAUAGGCCAUUCUAUGUCAUACACACUAGUCAGGGGGACACAGUGGCUUAGCGUGUUUGCCUAGCACCUCCACGGAUGGGGGUUCGAAUCCCGUCUCCGCCCUGUGUGCGUGGAGUUUGCAUGUUCUCCCAAGCCUUCAGGGGGCUUCCUCCAGGUAUUCAGGUUUCCUCCCCCAAUUUAGAGACAUGCAUUGUAGGCUGAUUGGCAUUUCCAAAUCGUAAAUGUGUGCCCCGAGCUCCCUGGGAUAGGCUCCAGGCUCCCCUGCGACCCUGUGUAGGAUAAGCAGUACAGAAAUUGGAUGGAUGGACACACUAGCCACUAUCUGUAUCUAUAUGUUCAGUGCUACAAAUAUUAGUAUCUGUAUUUAAAUGUAAAGCCAGAGUGGGCGUUGCCUAAACGGAAAGAUUUUUUGGUUUAAUUAAAUAUAAACUCCACUAUGUAUAUAUACAGUGCCCUACACUAAUAUUCGUACCCUUGGUAAAUAUGAGCAAAUAAGGUUGUGAAAAAUUGUCUUUAUUAUUUAACUCCAUUCUCAUGGAUAUCAAACAAUUGCAAACAAAUCACAGGUUUAAAUCUGUUAAAUAUAUGUGUAUAACAAUUAUUGCCACCCCUAUGAAUUUAUGUAAGAACGAUAUAUUUGAAGUAUAUUCCCAUUGAUAUUUUACAUUUUUUUAGUAUACCUGGGUUACUAGGAAUAGGAAAUUGUUCAACCGUGACUUCCUGUUUCACAGGGGUAUAAAUAUGAGGUAACACAUAGGCCAAAUUCCUUUAGUCAUUCAUCACAAUGGGUAAGAGCAAGGAAUAUAGCUGUGAUGUGCGGCAAAAGGUUGUUGAGCUUCACAAAAUGGGGCGUGGCUAUAAGAAAAUAGCACAAGCAUUGAAAAUGCCCAUUUCCACCAUCAGGGCAAUAAUUAAGAAGUUCCAGUCGACUGGAAAUGUAAUGAAUCAACCUGGAAUUGGACGUGUGUCUGUAUUGGAGAAUUGCAGAAGUUAGUUGUGUCUUGGGGUCAGAAAGUCUCCAAAACUACAAUCUGAAGUCACCGACAUCACCACAAGUUGUUUGGAAGGGUUUCAAGAAAAAAGCCUCUACUCUCAUCCAAAAACAAUCUUGAGUGUCUUCAGUUUGCCAGACACUACUGGAACUUCAAAUGGGAUCGGGUUCUACGGUCAGAUGAAACCAAAAUAGAGCUUUUUGGUAAUAAACACCAGAGGUGGAUUUGGAGCACACAGAGAGGUAGCCAUAUGGAAAAGUACCUCAUGCCCACGGUUAAAUAUGGAGGUGGAUCUUUAAUGUUUUAAUGCUGUUUUUCUGCCAGAGGACCUGGACAUUUUGUUAGGAUACAUGGCAUCAUGGACUCUAUCAAAUAUCAACAGAUAUUAAAUGGAAACCUGACUGCCUCUGCCAGAAAGCUUCAAAUGGGCCGUGGUUGGAUCUUCUAGCAGGACAGUGAUCCAAAACAUACAUCAAAAUCAACACAAAAAUGGUUUACUGACCACAAAAUCAAGGUCCUGCCAUGGCCAUCCCAGUCCCCUAACCUGAACCCCAUAGAAAACCUGUGGGGUGAACUGAAGAGGAGAAUCCACCAGCGUGGACCUCGAAAUUUGAAGGAUGUUGAGAGAUUCUGUACGGAGGAACGCUCUCAGAUCCCUCGCCAUGUAUUCUCCAACCUCAUCAGGCGUUAUAGGAGAAGAAUCAGAGCUGUUAUCUUGGCAAAGGGAGGUAGCACAAACUACUAAAAGGGUGCCAAUAAUUGUUGCACACCUAUAUUUAACAAAGAUCUAUUUUUUUAAACCUGUGUUUUGUUUGCAAUUGUUUGAUAUCCAUGAGAGCAGAAUAUUUUUGUGAAUUCUUUGAACCAAAGAUCAAAAGGUUAAACAAUAAAGGCAAUGUUUUACAGCCUUCUUUGCUCAUAUUAACCAAGGGUGCCAAAAUUACUGGAGGGCGCUGUAUACACACAUACUGUAUAUAAGCGGAAAAAUAUACAUCAUAUGUAAGCAUUUAGAUGUUUGUUCUCAUGUAUGAAAUGAUUUUUUUUUUUGCACUCGGAUUUCGCACCAGCCAAUCACUGCAACAUGCCAGCAUCAUUCCUCAUUCCUAUCUUUAGUUUAGGAAUUCCUUCAUUUUAAAAAUUGAUCUCAGCAGUUGUGUUAAAACGUUUCAAGGGGAAACAUUUAGUUAAGACAUUUUAUUGCCAAUUAAGAGAACUCCUAAUGGCAAGAUAAGAUUCUUUGUGAAUACAACCCAGCUGUGCAGUUUCACACCUCUAAAUUGUUCCCUGAGCCACAUGCCACUAGAAGCAUGCGCAAAAUUAUCUGCUAGUUAUCCGCCGCACUGCUUCUCAUAUAAAUCACGUAUCGCUUGUUAGCUAAACGCAUGUUGGUAUAAAUAGUACGAAAGACAUUCUGUGAGGCUUCUGUAUGGCCAAUUUGCAAUGUUCCCAGUCCAGUGG